GUCGAACCGGAGUUCCCCGAGUACAGACCUGCACAGACCAGGAUCAAGACAGACCUGCACAGACCCGCAGAGACCAGGACCAGGACCAGGACCAGGACCAGGACAGACCCGCAGAGACCAGGACCAGGACCAGGACCAGGACCAGGAGACGUGUCCCCGCAGCUCAGCUCAGAACCAGAUAAAUCAUCAUCCUCAUCAUCAUCAUCAUGGGACAAGGCUGCAAGACGGCGAGCAAAUACUUCCUGUUCCUCUUCAACCUCAUCUUCUUCCUGUUCGGAGGCGUCAUCAUGGGCUUCGGGCUGUGGCUCCUCCUGGACAACCAGAGCUUCAUCGUGGUCCUGAGCGACUCUACGGGCGUGAAGGCGGCGUGCUACAUCCUGAUCGGGGUCGGGGGCUUCUCCAUGCUCAUGGGUUCGCUCGGCUGCGUCGGGGCCAUUUAUGAGAUCCGCUGUCUGCUCGGCCUGUACUUCGGAUGCCUCCUGCUGAUCCUCGUGGCUCAGAUUGCGGCUGGUGCCCUCAUCUACUUCCAGAAGGACCAGCUGAAUGAAGAGAUGUCCACCAUCAUCACCAAGGUGUUCGACAACUACCCCGGGAACAACUCCAGCACGGAGCAGGCCUGGGACUUCAUCCAGAGGACGAUGUCGUGCUGUGGAUGGAGCAACCAUCAGGACUGGAGGCUGAACACGGUCAUCGUCAACAGUUCCCAGCUCCUGUUUCCCUGCUCCUGCCAGAACGCAACGCUCAGCACCACCAACAUGUCCGACAGCGGCUUCUGUGAGGCCCAGACCUCCGACUGGCCGGUGUACGACAGGGGAUGCUCAACCAGCGUGGAGAACUGGAUCAUCACCAACAUGUGGGUCGUCCUGGGAAUCUGCCUCGCUGUGGCUUUUAUCGAGCUGCUGGGGAUGGUCCUGUCCAUCUGCCUGUGCAGAAACGUUGACACCGAGGAGUACACCAAAGUCCCAAAGUUCUAAAGACCAGCCACGUUGUUCCAGCCUGUAUUUGGUGAAAUUAUGCAAAUGAUCCAAAUGUAAAGUAAUUACUUCUUUAUAUUUUAUUGGAUUCGUCUUCGGAGGCUUUUAUUAUUGUUGGCCCAGUUUCCUUCAGCACUUUAGAACCUUUUUAGUAGUGAACUCUGCAGAUGGAAGAAGAUGGAAGAGUUCGUCUGUCGCUGGCGUUUAACAUGUCCAACGUUUCCCUUUAAAAUCUGAACAUAAAUUCGUCGUCUGAAAGCUAAGAUUUGGAAACUGGAAAGUCCCCCUGGUGGACGUGUUUUGGUUUUUAUUUUUGAUACACCAGUGUUCUGAUUCUUUGUGAACUUUUUUUUAGUACUUUGUAAAUAAUUUUAGUGAUUAUUAUUAUACGUUUUACAGCUGCCAGUGUUUUAUCUUGAGCAUCUGGUUUCUCCUUGAGUUUCCUUUCCUGGUUCUGGGGGUGAUAGAAAUAAUGAGGUACUACUCGUCUCCUAAAAACUUCACUUUACGUGUCCCAGUUUAACUCGGUGUUUCUUUUAACCACGUUCAUGCAGCAUAUUAUUUUAAAAUAAGAAAACUAUUUUUGGGGAGAUGCAUCUUGAUAAAAACUCAUUUCUGUACAAUUUAAACCCUGAUCUGGUUUUGUAGCGUUUUCUUUCCAUGUACAGUCUGUAUGAAAAAGUUUCCAUUAACCUCAUAAUGAACAACAACAAGUGAAUGUCUGUUUAUGUCUAAAUGUGAACUCACAAACAUUCAUUUGGUUUCAUUUUCCAAUAAACUGAUUAUCUCUCUCUGUUUCCAACAAAAAAGCUAGUUUGGUUUCGUUGUUGGUUCAUGUUUUAAUUCUCUCGUGUCUCAGUAACUAGCUAAAAACUGACGCAUAGCAAAUCACAGUAGUUUCUGCAGGUGCAAGAUUUUUUGAGAAAGUUAAAUAUUGAGUUGGGUAGAAAGAAAGAAAGAAAGAAAGAAAGAAAGAAAGAAAGAAAG